AGAGGGGGGAAAUGACUGGCGACUGUGUGGGAAGAGAGAGAGAGGAGGGGCUUAAAAAGUAUGAACUUGUGUAUGAUUCAGCUGCAGGAAGCAUUAAGAAGGGAAAAGACUGCACACAGGACGCGAUAUAUACUCACUCCUUUAGCCUUUAUUAAAGGACGUGUUGGCUUAUGGCUUCUCGGAGGGUGACUUUUCCCACCGGGUCCCACUUUCUCUAGUGUGCUCCUUCACGUCUGAGACUUGGCUUGUUAAUAAAAUCCGGAGCAUUCAGCUUUUUUGAACCCGUGCUGUUUUUGCUCUCUCCACACUGUGCGUAAUUUCUAUCCAGGAUCGAGAGAGAAAAGGCGACAUCACAACAACACGAGGACGAGGAAUCAAGACACAGAUAAAAGCAACUGGGGGAAAAUGAAAGUCGUCUUGGAUAUCUGCUUGAUGUUCCUCAUGCUGCACACUCCCGGCGUGCUGUCCUUGUCCACACAUGUAGCAGUGGUCUACCCCCAGGACCCCGUCCUUCGCAUGGGGUCCACCCUGACCGCCAGCUGCUGGGUCCACCCCGACCUCGGUGUCCACGCCAGCUCUCUGUUUUGGACGCUCAACGGUCAACAGCUGCCCAGCUCCCUGUACAGAGUGCUGAGCCCUACCAACCUCAGCGUGACGCUGGCCGGACUCAACGCCUCCAGACAGACGUCCGGCGACAACCUGGUAUGUCACAACCACAAGGGACACAUCUUGGCUGGCUCCUGCCUCUACGUUGGAAUGCCACCAGAGAAGCCGGUCAAUCUGACCUGCUGGUCCAGGAACACCAAAGACCUGACUUGCAGCUGGGCUCCAGGAGGAAAAGGAGAGACAAACAUUAGCACACAGUAUAUUCUCAAAUACAAACUCAGGUGGUAUGGUAAGGAGAAGGAGUGUGAGGAUUACACUCAUACGCAACCUUACUCCUGCAGCAUCACUCGGGACCUGCACCUCUUCACGCCCUAUGAGAUCUGGGUGGAGGCCUCUAACCAGCUGGGCCGGGCUACCUCCGAUGUCAUCACCCUCGACAUCCUAGACGUGGUGACCACGGACCCUCCAUCAGGUGUGACUGUCAGUCGUGUUGGGCAGUUAGAAGAUCAGCUGAGUGUUCGCUGGGAGGCCCCCCCCGCUCUCAAAGACUUCCUGUUUCAGGCCAAAUACCAGAUCCGCUACAGACUGGAGGACAGCCAAGACUGGAAGGUGAUGGAUGAUUUUGGGAAUCAGACAUCUUGUAGAUUGGCUGGACUGAGGCCUGGAACAGUGUACUUCGUCCAGGUUCGCUGUAACCCUGUGGGCAUCUACGGCUCUCGCAAAGCUGGGAUCUGGAGCGAGUGGAGCCAUCCAACUGCUGCAUCCACACCCCACAGUGAGCGCCUGAUGUCGGGCUCCUGUGACUCAAAGUCUAGCGGGGACUCCAACUCCACCCUGCGCAGGGAGCUGAAGCAGUUCUUCGGGUGGGUGCGGAAACACGCCUACGGGUGCAGCAGCAUGUCCAUGAAGCUAUACGACCAGUGGAGAGUGCUGAUGCAGAAAUCCCACAAAACUCGCAACCAGGUAGGUUCUCCAAGGGGAUAAAUCCUAGCACACACUGUGUUUACAAGUCAAGCAAAGAACUGAGUGAGUGUGUUUGCAUCUAUGUGUGUGUGUGUGUGUGUGUGUGUGUGUGUGUGUGUGUGUGUGUGUGUGUGUGUGUGUGUUUUCGAGAGAAAGAGACAUUGUGUUCGUAUAUGGGAAUUAUAAGACAAUGUGCUCCGGACAUUUUGUGUGAACACCAGCCGUUGCCGUGGGAGGACAUCCAACGAGAAACUGUGGGAUUCUCUUCUUUGCUGCAUCUUUUCCAGCCGGCGUGAGCACUUUUUUCAUCUGAAAAAUUGCAACUGAUAAAGGUGGAGUUUCCACGGACAUCCUGGAGUCAUGACUAGCGAGAGAUCAUGUGGACUACUCUGCUUUCUCAAAGGACGUUGUAGCAUGAAUAACUCGGGCAUCAGUAAAGAUGUUUGCCGUGUACCUGCUCCCAAAGGUCAUCAACACCGACUCAAACAAAACUAGAAAUGUUGCCCGAGCAUCUAAAAGUAUUCUGUGAUCUUUUUUUUGAGUUUCUCCUGUGGAUCCAAAGCACCAUCUAGUGGCUGUUCAGCGUCCAUGGAUACUCCACAUUGAAGCUUCCAUUGUGGUCCUGAUGUAAAAAGAAAAAGCAACAAUUUGUCAUUCAGUAUUUUUAAGUCAUGCUUUGUUAUAUAAGUGCCAAACUGGUUCACCCAGCAUCCAUGUGUGUCUGAGCGACAGUAUGUGACUGAUGGUGUUUGUGUAUGGAGACGUUUCACUGCCUUUAUUUUUGUACUGAAUUGUACCAGCAUAUUUAAAACUGUAUAAAGUUAUGUUUUAUGUCUUAAGUUAUGUUUAGUUAGUAAAGAAAUAUCAAUGACUGAAGUUGUUAUCAAUCUCUAAUGCUGUUCUAUAAAAACAUGUUGUCAGAAACACAGGAUUUGGGAAUGAAUUGUGUGCACAGUAAAGCAGACACAACGAUAAACACA